AAGCGGCAGCGGAGCGCUGAGGGCGGCGCACCCGGAAGCGGCGGCGGGAUCGGGGAGCGGCGGCGCCUUUUUCCGCGUCUAGCAGCUCCGCGAUGGCGGUUACGCCGCUGCGCGUGCUGGCGUGUGGCGACGUGGAGGGGCGGCUGGAGGCGCUCUUCGGGCGGGUCCGGGCUAUCCAGGGCAAGAGCGGCCGCUUCGACAUGCUUUUGUGUGUUGGGAAUUUUUUUGGCUCUACUUCAGAGACAGAAUGGGCAGAGUAUCGCACAGGGGCCAAGAAAGCUCCAAUUCCAACCUACGUGCUUGGCGCUAAUGACCAAGAGACUGUGAGCUAUUUUCCAGAAGUCAGUGGCUGUGAAUUAGCUGAGAACAUCACUUAUUUAGGCCGUCGAGGUCUUUACAGUGGUACUUCUGGACUGCAGAUCGCAUACCUGAGUGGUACCGAGUCCCAGGAUGAGCCAGCUCCUGCCUACAGCUUUAGUGCAAAGGAUGUGGCAGAAUUGAAAACAUCUUUGUUAUCAACCCCAAACUUCAAAGGUGUGGAUAUAUUGCUGACGUCCCCCUGGCCCAGAGAUGUGGGGACUUUUGCCAACAGUGCGGGAGAAAUAGAUACCAAGAAAUGUGGCUCCAAGUUAGUAUCUGAUCUAGCGGCAAGUCUCAAACCAAGGUACCACUUUGCUGCCCUGGAGAAGGCCUAUUAUGAAAGACUUCCUUACAGAAAUCACACAGUGCUACAGGAGACCCCACAGCAUGUGAGCAGGUUUAUUGCACUUGCUGAUGUUGGCAAUACAAGCAAGAAAAAGUAUCUCUAUGCCUUCAGCAUUGUGCCAAUGAGCUUGAUGGACCCUGCAGAGCUAGUGAAACAGCCACAGGACGUCACUGAAAAUCCAUACCGAAAAUCGCGGAAGGAGGCACAGAAGACCAAAGCACCCCUGUGUGCAGAGGAAGAACCAGCUUGUCAGUUUUUCUUUGAUUUGAACAAGCAUCAGGGAAAGAAACGUCCCUCAGAUGAGAAAGAGAGAGGGAACUCCCAACCUAAGCAAGCCAAAAAGCCCUCACAGCCCACAGGGCCCUGCUGGUUCUGCCUCGCCAGCCCAGAAGUUGAGAAGCACUUGGUUGUUAGUAUUGGCACGCAUUGCUAUCUUGCCCUGGCCAAAGGUGGCUUAUUACCUGAUCACGUCUUGAUUUUGCCUAUUGGGCACUAUCAGUCAGUGGUUGACUUGUCUUCAGAGGUGGUGGAAGAAGUGACCAAGUACAAGUCUGCCCUAAAGGAAUUUUUCAGAAGCAAGGGAAAGAGAUAUGUCCUAUUUGAAAGAAACUAUAGGAGUCAGCAUCUGCAGUUACAGGUGAUUCCUGUCCCAUUGGACCACUGUACUUCCGAAGACAUUAAAGAGUCCUUUAUUGCACAGGCACAGGAACAACAGAUUGAAUUAUUAGAAAUCCCAGAGCACUCAGAUAUCACGCAAGUGGCGCAGCCGGGGACGCCCUACUUCUACGUGGAGCUGGACACGGGGGAGAAGCUCUUCCACCGCAUCCGCGGUCGCUUCCCGCUGCACUUCGGCAGGGAGGUGCUGGCGAGCGAGGCGCUGCUGGCGCUGCCGCAGCGGGCCGACUGGCGGCGGUGCGCGGCGGAGCGGGCGGAGGAGGCGGCACAGGCCCGCGCCUUCCGCCGCGACUUCCAGCCCUUCGACUUCGCCCUCCGGGCCUGACGGCGGCGCUGACGGCGGCGGCGGACGCGCGGCAGUUGGCGGGCGGGCGCGCGCGCGCGCGGUGACGCGGCAAUAAAGGCGGAGUGCCCGUG